CGACCAGAAACCACCACCACCUCCACCAAAACACAAGAAUGCAAAUAAAAACCGUGCAGUGGAAAAACUCCGGGCUCACAGGCGUGAUUUAAAGCGCCAAUUUCGUAAGAUCAAAAACCCGGACGAAGUACCUGCAGCGCUCAGAAAUGAGUAUUUUUCAAUUGGAAAACAAAUCAAGCGUCUUUUGAAACAACAAAAGAUGUACGACGAUCGAUCCCGGAACAAGAGGGACCAGGAUGCCUUUCUCAAGGACCCAUAUGCCUUCGGAAAGAAAUUGUUUCAACCAACCAACCAUGUCAAACCCACUUUCUCUGACACUACCUGCUUUGAGUACUUCCAACACACAUAUGCAGACCAGGAUCGUGCCACUUCGUACGAAUCCUGCCCCAGUGCAGGGAAGCCCCGGGAUUGCACCCACCCAGUCGAUGAGGGGACCCCUACAUGGACUGAAUUUCAGAAUGUUUUGAAGAAGUGUCGCAACACCUCUGCACCGGGUCCUGACAAGAUACCUUACAUAGUUUGGAAGCUUUGUCCCUCCCUUCAAUCCAUUCUUUUCACCAUCUUUGGGCGGGUUUGGGAGAGCAAGAUCAUUCCAAGGCAGUGGCAGGUAGCGUGUAUCACACUCCUGGCCAAGGGGGAGGUGUCUGAUGAUCCUUCGAAAUUCCGACCGAUUGCUCUAGCGAACACGUCCGGGAAGAUCUUUUUCACCUUAGUUGCAAAGCGCCUCUUGAAACAUAUGCUAGGCAAUAAGUUCUUCGAUGGUGACAACCAGAAAGGAUUUAUGCCUGCAAAGGCUGGGUGCUUAGAGCAUACAUCACUUUGUUAUGAGGCGAUGCGUGAUGCAAAGACGGCAAAACGCCAAAUUUGCAUUGCGUGGAUAGAUUUGAAGAAUGCAUUUGGUUCAGUGCGCCACAAUCUGAUACAGUAUGCUCUAACCCACUACAGCCUUCCUUUGCAAUUCAGGAAAUUAAUUUUUUCCUACUACGACAGUCUUUGCGCUUUCGUCGUACAACCACACACACCCACCUUUAAUUACAACAUUGGUGUUUUCCAGGGGUGCCCCUUGUCCCCGGUCCUUUUCAAUAUUUGUUUCCAGCUUCUGCUGGACUCACUUGCAGCCCCUGAAUUAAGUUGCCUCUCCUAUGAUUUUAAAUCUGCCCCUUUGCAAGUGUCCCAAACAGCUUUUGCUGAUGACUUAGGCCUCUAUAGCAAAUCUAGUGCAGGUUGUCAAAAACUCAUUGCGGUCACGGAGGACUUUCUCUCGUGGACCCAAUGUAUGCAGGCGGCGCCGCACAAAUGCAAAAGCAGUGCAGCAAAGCUUGUAGAUGGCCGGUACAAACCUUACGAUCCCUGCCUGACAAUGUCAGGGAGGAAGAUCGCUUUCAUUGACACUGCAGAGUUCAAGUUCCUGGGGCGAAGGCUGCAUGCUGAUUGCUCUGAGCAGACCCAGCGGGAAGACAUCCGUCAACUCACUGUAUCUCUCAUGCAAAAAGUAGAUGGCUCUUGGCUUCAAGACCACCACAAGCUAUGGCUUUACCACCAUCUUGUAGUGCCCAAGCUUUCUUGGUCUUUCCAGGUUCUUGAACUCACACAAGGUUUUGUACGUGAACUGCACUUUAUGUGUUUACCAUUUCUGAAGAAAUGGUCAGGCCUACCUCGAUGCGCAAACUCUGCCAUUCUUUUUAUUGGCAGUCGCAAACGCUUUGGCUUACGCCUCCACUACCUUCCUACGGUGUGGAAAAAGUGCCAGUCCAUCAAAUGGCACAUUCUUCGAUCGAGUGGGGACGCGCGCGCAUGAGGGCGCUGUACACUCUGCGUCGGAGUAAGGAUGCGAAGCUGACAAAGCGAUAUGCGGCGACAAUAGAGCUGGAGUGUGCAGAGGCAUCAGUAGGUUCAGGGACUCUCCGUCCACCGUCAUCUUCAAGUCAUCGUGCAGGGUUGGGUGCUCCUGCUCCGAAGCAGCAUUCCAAACCCCCGAGGAAGGAUCUCCUUCAAACAUUUGAGGAGAUCAACGCGCAGGAGCAGAUUUUGAGGCUGAAGACUCUUCAGGUGCAAGGCAAGUGGUUGGAGUGGACAUCGGUGAUGUGGCAGGACCUCUCGUGGAAAUCCCUUUUGUACGGUGGUACUGGUAAGGAUUUGAAAUUUCUUCUCGCAUCAACCCUCGACGUGCUACCUUCUCCGACGAACCUACGCCGUUGGGGAAACACCGUAGUGGAUCCGUACUGUAGUUUGUGCCGUACCUGGGCCUGUACUACGCGCCACGUGCUUGGCGCUUGUCGCGUAGCGCUGGACCAGGGACGUUACACCUGGAGGCACGACAACGUACUCGGGGUCAUCGUCAGGAACAUGCGUGAGGAGAUUCGAAUCCGCACUGCUGCAAACACCGUACAAACCGAAAAUUCAAAUGAGCUUGACUUCAUCUCGUUUUGCAAGGCGGGAGAGAAGCCAGUUCGCGUUCAGCCCAGACGAAAGUUGGUUACGACUGAUCUCCUGUCAGCGGCCUCAGACUGGAAACUUCUUGUCGACUCAGUUAGUGCAAAGAUUUCUUUCCCUAGCUGUGUUGCACUUACCACCCUAAGACCAGAUAUGGUUCUGUACUCUACGAGUCGUAGGAUUGUAUUCUGGAUGGAGUUGACAGUUUGUGCUGAGGACAGAUUCAGUGUCAGUAACUCGCGGAAGGACAGGCGGUAUGCGGAUCUGGCCGAUCAAUGCCGAGCAAACGGGUGGCAGGUCGUUUCUUUUUCGGUUGAGUAAGACGUCUCUGCGAAGCAGCUACAUCAUCUGGUUGCGGCGUCAACAAAAACACUGGUCGGAAGAUCCACUUUUCUGAGGUACUGUAUGUGGGGCUCCGUUUAUUGAGGUGCGUUGAAAUUUAUUCUCUUUAUCUUAUUAUUUCUUUUCUAUAAUUUCCCCAUAUGAGUUCCUAUCAGUUGCUGUGAACACCUUGAGUGGAGAGCGCUUGCUCGAGCGUUGAACCGGGUUCUUAAUCCACCAUACCCAGUUCGCAAGGCUGGGCGGGGUUGUGAGCAGGCUUUCAUUUCAUCUUUUCUUAUUAUUUCUUAUUAUUUCUGCUUUUCAUCUCAUUACAAAAAUUCUGCGCUUUUUCUCCAUCUGCGCAUAAAAUCUAGACUGACAACCUGCUUGUUAAAUCAUGCACCUGCUUUCAGGCGUAAAAACCCUGUUGUAGAGGUCUCAGUCCUCAUUUGUUAGACUUACCUGUCUUUAUAAAUGUAACUUACUCUCUCUCUCU